CAAUAUAUUUAUAUAAGAAGAAGAACCGGAAAAUUAGCAUCGGACAACUAAACAUCUCAGUUCAGUAAAAAGCUUGAAGCAAAAUGAUAGUGUUGUAUAUUUUGUGUAUUUUAUCAUGUAGCUUUAUCGUAGAAUGUAAAAAGUUUCGCGCAGACUAUAAAUACCAUAAAGAGGUCGACGGAUGGCUGAAACUCCAUCAGGUGCCGGCAAACUGGUUCGAUGCCCGACUCAGGUGCACGAUGGAAGGAGCGACUCUGGCAUCUCCUUUGAACCUGAACAUGAUGUCCACCAUGUCCUCGGUGAUGAAGGGGAAGGUCAACACGGUUUUCACGGGUAUCCACGCCAUCUUCUCCCGGGGAGACUUCUACUCCAUAGAAGGAGUGCCUCUGUCCAGGAUUCCAGCCAGCUGGGAGCCAAACGAGCCUGAUAACCAAGACGACAGCGAGAGCUGCAUCGUCAUGAGAAGAAACGAACGCGUGGCUGAUGUCAGGUGCAGUGACGUGUACCAUUACAUCUGCUACAAGAAGAAUGAUCCUAACAUGAACGGCCAGAACGAGUGUGGAACUACUGAUCACGGCUACAAGCUGGACCAGCGGACGAACCAAUGCUACAAGUUCCACAAUCUCGGGCAGACCUGGUCUCGAGCCUUCAUGACCUGUUCCGCUGAGGGAGCCUACCUGGCCAUCAUCAACAGCGAAAUAGAGGCUUCAGUUCUCAAAGACCUCUAUGGAAAGUUCCCUGAUGGAGUCAUCUACGCCAAACAUAAGGGUAUAGCCGCUAUUGGCUUCCACGAUUGGCAUGAGCGGGCAUCGAACGUAUGGAUUACUAUUCAUGGUCAAACCCUCAAGGAGGCCGGUUACUCGACCUUCGAACAGAACCAGCCUGACAACGCGACCACUGGAGAGUUCUGCGGAAGUAUAUUUCGAUCAGCUCGCCUCAACGACCUGUGGUGCAAUGACCCCGUCCCCUUCAUCUGUGAGAUGACCCCUGGCACCUUAUUCGACAGUGAAGGCUGAGAUGCCUUAUUAGUUUAAAUUAUUACAACAAUUAUUUUGUC